AUGAUGGAGUCAAAGGAAACCACAAGUGUUAAGGUCUUCCGGUCAAGCAAUCUUGGCCAUGCGAAAGAAGAAGAUGCACAUGAACUUUUAAGUUAUGAUAUUGAUCCUUUGCAAUCCGCCUGUCUUAAGGAAUCUAGAACAAAAUCCUUCAACUCCUUAGAAGAAGAAACAACUCUAAUCGGACUUGCAUUUGGUGGUUAUCUAAGAUCUAAGAUAAAGUGCAUGAAAUGUGGUGGAAAAUCAGAGCGACAUGAGCGGAUGAUGGAUCUCACUGUUGAAAUUGAAGGUGAUAUAGCAACUCUUGAAGAGGAUCUGGAUAAAUUUACAUGCACUGAAGUAGUAGAUGGUGAAAACAAGUACAAAUGUUGCUAA